AGUCUGACAUGCAAGUGCUAAGACACUGGUGUUGCAUAGUUUUGCUGACAAACUACCCUUUGAAGUCAGAUGCUGAAAGAAAAAGCCUCAGGAAAGGAAUGAGAACGCAGAGAGCAAAGGCAAUCGACCCCAUCCCAAUUGACGAUUAUCUGACCAAGAUGCCUCCUGAGAUCCUGCAGCAAAUUCUUUUGAAGGUCAUCACAGAGGAUGGUGAUGUGGCUUUCCUGCGCCUCUCCUUGACGAGCAGGAUCUACAAAGAAAUUGUUAGCGAUGCUAAGUUCAGGGAGCAGGCUCACUACAUUUGGCUGGACAGUGUCAUCAACUGGAGUAGGUUUUCUGAGGACUACAAAAAAGAGUUCAGAGUGCCAUGUUCCUUGACCGAAUGCCCUAAAUGUGGGGACAUUUUUAAAGACUGCCCACCUGGGUAUGUUGGGGAUGGCAGGAAAGGAGUCCUGCGAGGAUUCUACUCCACCAUCGACUUCCCAGGAUACUGCUUAGCAGAGUGCCACUUUAAUGCUGGAGGGGAAUUCCCCUAUGAAAAUGUUUAAUUGUUUUUGUUUAUUAAAGACAAUCAAAAA